AUGUCUGGUGGGCGCCCGAGACGAGGCACAACCAGCAAUGCCGCUCCUCCAUCCAACGACGAGCUCUUUCUAGAUUCCCCCACCACAGUGCCACCACUACGGAUCAACAGGCGCGAAGAAUCUCCCGCACAAAACAACAGCCCAUUCCCAAACCCACCAGGUGUACAACGCCGUAACUUCACGGGGGGACCCCCGUCCCCGGUACUACCGUAUCCCGACAGGCCGGCAGCGGAGCGGGUUCAACAACAACAUACAUACGAUCAUGACCAGAAUAGUAGCGGACUACCGUAUCCCGAUCGAUCCGGGACUCCGGGUUCAUCGUCGGGCUCCCAGCCAAGUAGACAUGUCUCCGUUGUGCACAGCGAUUCGUACCCUACACCCCCGCCGUUCCGGAACCGCGAAGGACGGAGACCGCAGCAUGCUGUACGGCAGGGCUCUGGAAGGACAGAGUCUCCGCCUCCGGCACCUCCUCUCAAGGAUGAUCCUCCAGAGAGCCCAGAGUUGAUUUUGAACCCAUUCCCACAGUUUCAUCAGCAAUACUGGCCACCCCCGAGCCGGAUGACGUCGACAUCCACUACAGCAGCAAGACGGGGGUCCCCACCUCCUCCGGAAACUCCGGCGACUGCGGCGGCCGAAAACUCACCUCAUCAGUUUGGUGGGGCGGCAUCGGGGGUGCGACGAGGCUCUGCCCAGGUUGGUAGAUCGCAGCCUCAAAGUCGUACGCAAACCCCGCAUAACCACAGUGCUCCCCACGCACAUGCUAUUCCACCUGCGCAACCUCAGCAGGUACCAGUAGAAGCUCCCCCGAGACCAUGGACACCUACCGAGGAACCGGGAAGCCAUCCGUAUGGCGCGUCGGUUAUAUGGCAAGGCACCGGAGGACAGGAACAAGGCGCGCCCCAACAGCAAGAGCGGUCCAAUGGGGAACCAGAACGUCGUGAUAACACUCCAUCUGUGAAUAGCACGGCGCAACAAGCAUUGGAGAGCGAGUUUCAGCGCAUGAAGAUGAACCCUAGCCCUCCACCAUCGUACGCAAGCUUGAGCCAUGCUGCUCCAGCGGCAACAACUGCACAAGGCUAUCCUAAUGAGAAGCAUACGGUUGUGGUUGGUGCUGCAACGCCGAACAAUCAUACGAAUCACCCAGCUUUUCAUAAUGAUCCUCCUCGACAGCAGCCACAGCCGCAGCAGCCUCGACAACUUACUCCGGCCCAGCGAGAGCUACAGCAACAACACCAGCAGCAGCAACAGCAGCAGCAACUUGCUCAGGAACAACAAGCCCAGGCCCAAGCUCGGUCCGAGGUCGAAGCUCAGGCGCAAGCCCAGGCACAGGCGCAAGCUAAGGCUGCUCAAGCACAAGCCCAGGCUCAAGCCCAGGCUCAAGCUCAGGCUCAAGCUCAAGCCCAGGCUCAGGCUCAGGCCGAGGCUCAAGCACAGGCUCAGGCUCAAGCCCAAGCACAGGCUCAAGCCCAAGCACAGGCUCAAGCCCAAGCUCAAGCCCAAGCUCAACAGCAACAGCAACAGCAACAGCAGCAGCAUUAUGCCCAGCAGCAGCAAUCACCUCAUCCUCAAGAUACCACUCAAUAUCAGCAGCAAUAUGUCCAACAAGAGCAAUACAUGAAUACUCCUCCACCAGGCGCUGGCCCUUCUGCGCCUCCUCCACUUCCUGAAGGAUGGAUGGCCCACCUAGAUCAAAGUUCCGGGUCAUACUACUACAUUCACAUUCCAACAUCUCGAACUCAAUGGGAAUUUCCAGCUCCGGAGCCAACUUCAGCCUCCCCGCAGUUAGCAACCUCUAGCUACGCAAGUAUCCCGCCGCUCGGCUCCCCAGGGUUCGGCCAACAGCCAAUGACUUUCCCGGACCCUAUGACUACAUACAACUCAGACCCCGGAAUGGUGGGGAUGAGCCCAUCACCGUUGAUGCAUACCAACAGUUUUGGCAUGCAUCCCCCACUCCCGCUUGCUGGUGUAGUCCUCUUUAACCCUACACCAAGCAACCAGGAGUACUUCGGUCCCUACCUCAGGUACACUAAUAUGGAUAUUGAACAUGGUAUCUGGCUUGGCUCAAUUAUGAUCGUCACUUCUUCUCCACAGCCUCCGACAAUCCAUCUUCAUCGUAGCGUAGAUCUCUCCCCUAACCCUAGACAACUAAAGGCGAACCCAAUCUUUACCCACCGAGCGUGGACCUUUUACCGCUAUGAUAUCGAUAUUCAGAUGUCAGAUAUCGGAGAGAAGUGGACAUACGCUGUCACAUCGUUAUUGGGGAUCUUGAGAUACGAAUUUCUUGUAGCUGCAAGAUCGGAUAGGAACUGGAGAUUCAUUGCGCAUAGUUGCAAUGGUUUCUCGUUGAGCGUAAAGGAGGAAGAGAGGCAGCGGCUGGGCGGCGUAGGGUAUAUGUGGAAGGAUGUUUUGCAGAAGCAUAUGGAGAUUGGGUUCCAUGCGCAGUUGGGCGGAGGAGAUCAGAUUUAUGCGGAUAGGUUGUGGAGGGAGAUUCCGUUAUUGAAGGAAUGGUUGGCGAUCAAAGGAAAGGAAAAUAGAAAGGGGGCGCCAUGGACAGCUACUCAUGAGGAGGAGGUCCAGCAUGCGUACUUUCAUUACUACUCUUCACAUUUCGAUCAGCCGCAUUUGAAGGAAGCGUGGGCUCAGAUUCCACAUCUCUUGCAAAUUGAUGACCAUGACAUUUUUGAUGGCUUUGGGUCCUACCCUGAAUAUAUGCAGUUCUCACACAUGUUCAAAAAUAUCGGUCGUAUCGCCGUUCAUUGGUAUUUACUCUUCCAACACCACACAACCCUUGACAUGCUCCACGGAGCCCCCAACGAACGGGAUCUCUUCACCGUAACCGGCACUGGUUGGCAUUUUAUCAAAUACCUCGGCCCCGCAAUUGCGGUAGUUGGGAUCGACACCCGUGCAGAGCGGAAUCCACAGCAGGUCAUGGCGGGACCAACGUACCAAGGGCUAUUUCCAAAGAUCGCGACGCUGCCGCCCAGUGUGCAACACUGUAUUUUGAUGCUGGCUGUGCCCAUUAUCUACCCACGGAUGGAUACGGCAGAGCAUGUGGUGCAGACAGUAGCAACGGGGAAAAAGGCAAUCACGGGGACGUACAAUCUGCUAGGAAAGGUUGUAGGGUCGGCGGCGGGAGUCGUUGGUGCGAAGGAGGUGGUUGGAAGCGGCUUCCAGGGGGUCAAGAAGGCUUUUGGAAAGAGCGGGUUGAUGAGUGGUGUGGUUAGUAUAUUUGGUGAAGUCGAUUUGUUGGAUGAUUUGAGGGACCAUUGGACCCAUGAAUCGAAGGACCUUGAGCGAACCUACCUUAUCAGGAUUCUUCAAGGCAUUGCAAAACAACGGAGUCUCCGCAUGACUUUCCUCAGUGGUGAUGUCCACUGUUGUGGAGCGGGUCUAGUACACGACCCUACAAAGCCUGGCGACCAUAAAACAAUGUACCAAAUCAUCUCUUCCGCAAUUGUCAACGUCCCGCCUCCAAACAUGGUUAUCAAAAUGCUACACAACAACAAGCAGCUCUUCAUCCCACAAAACGGCAUGCGAUCCACAGGUGCCCCCAGCGACACGAAAGAAGACAUGCUCGAGAUAUUCCAAACAGAUGUCGGCGGCCAAUACCGCGAACUGAAACGCCUCAUGGGCCGAAGAAACUACUCAAUCUUCUGCGGAUACGAUCCGCUAAAUCCGCACGGACUGCCAGUCGCCACCGAUUCAAAGCCAAGCGCGCUGAGUAUCGCGGUGGACUUCAUCGUACAGAGUGAGGGAAAUUACUCGGGGACUGUCAAGUACGGGCCGGUGGUUAUUCCGAGAGUGGAGCCUGGGUAUUAG